AUGGUUCUCCAGCUUUCAGAUGCUGCCGUAGAAGAUGUAGACCGAAUAGCCUCCGUGCAUCUCUCUGCCUUUGACUCCAACGUUUUACUGCACGCACAAUUCCCAACCCCAGCCAGCUUGGCAUUCUUGCAUUCCCUCCUAAGUCAAGAGCUACUGCAUACCAUUCAGAAUGUACAAGCAGCCGGGAAAGCUGUCAUGGUAGUCAGAGACACGGAAGCAGAGAACCAGAUUAUCGGAUUUGCAAAGUGGGAUUUGCCUAGUGUUUCCAACAAAGAGUACCAUGCUGGUGUUACAUGGCAUAUGGAUGUCAGACAGGAGUUUUUAGAUGUCUAUCAUGAGAAGGCAGAGCGGGCUAAAGUCAGCGUCAUUGGGGAUAAAUCAUGCUAUCGUCUUACUUUCGUUGGAACCCAUCCUGACUUUCAGGGAAAAGGAGCUGCAACUCUAUUGACCAAAUGGGGACUUGAAAGGGCGAAGCAGGACAAUGUCCCGGUCUACCUUGAGAGCACAGUUGCCGCAUCGUCUCUCUACCGUCGACUCGGAUUUAUGUUACUUGAUGGUCUGUCUAUGGCUCUCCCUCCAGUCGGAAAUGAUAGCGCGCCAAAUAUUUACGAGGAACUUUGCAUGCUCCGCACGUGGGAAGACGGCGACGGAAUGGAGUAUUGGGAUUCCAGCCUCGAUAUUUCAAGCCUUCGACUGGAUUAUGAAGCUGGAAUGAAGCCUCAGACUGUCGUUCAAGCAAUAUACGACCGCAUCGAGGCAUACAAAGAGGUCCAGCCUUCACUAUGGAUCCAUCUACAGCCUAUUGGCGAAGUGAUGAGCCAGGCUCAUGCGUUAAAUCAACGCUGGCCGAUUCUGGAAGAGCGACCACCGCUGUGGGGCGUACCGUUCAGUGUCAAGGAUAGCAUCGAUGUUGUUAAUAUUCCCACCACAAUCGGUUGUCCGGCUCUCGCCUUCACGCCUACAUCCUCUGCCACAGUAUACCAAAAAUGCAUAGACGCGGGUGGGCUCUUCAUUGGGAAGCCUAAUAUGGAGCAACUUGCUACUGGAAUGACGGGGUGCCGAAGUCCUUAUGGCACCCUUCAUUCUACUUUCAGCAAGCAACAUAUUGUUGGGGGGUCAAGUAGCGGUAGCGCUGUUACGGUGAGUCAAGGGCUCGUCUCAUUCUCUCUGGGCAGUGAUACAGCAGGCUCAAUCCGUGUGCCAGCUUUAUACAAUGGAGUAUUCGGCUUCAAGCCAACAAAGGGUACUGUAUCUGCGCGGGGAGUCUACCCUGCAUGCCAACACCAAGAUUGCGUUUCAUUUCUCGCAACGUCAGUAGGAGAUGCAGAAUCAGUAUGGGAGGUUUGCAAAGGGUUUGACAAGACGGAUUUCUUCGCAAAACCGUCCUCUUUCUUAUCCGAGCCUUUGAGAGAAUCUUCAACCAAACUUUCGUUCCGUUUCGGCGUGCCACCCAACGUCGCACUUGAUGCAUGCAGCCCCGUAUACCGCCAAAAGUUCGAACAGGUAGUCCAAGCUCUCAAAAUCGAAUCUAGAAAUCCUGUCGAUCUGGACUGGGCUCCUUUUGCAUCCGCAAACGAACUGCUAUAUGGCGGCACAUUUGUUCUAGAGCGUCUCACUAUCCUACCACAGGGCUGGUUCGAGGAAAACAAGCAGUUGCUACAUCCAGUCACCAGAAGCGUGUUUGAAGGCGCACUUGCAAGGGGGAGCACAGCCAUAGAUGUGUUCCGUGACCUGCAUAAGCAAGCACAAUACAAAAGGGCUGUGGAAGAUGUUUUAACGUUCAACGAAGAUGUGCUUACCGUCAUGGUUGUGCCGACUGCACCAUUCCAUCCAACAAUUGAGGAAGUUGAGAAGGAUCCGCUUGGAAUCAAUGGAAGGCUGGGGGCUUUUGCGCAUUUUGCUAAUGUGUUGGACUUGGUGGGUAUUGCGGUGAAGUGUGGGACCUAUGAGAUUGAUGGCGAGGACGUGGGGAAGAUGACGUUGCCAUUUGGUGUUACUAUUUUGGCGGGGUGUGGGCUUGACAAACAACUGUUGACGCUGGCGAAACAGCUUGAGGAAUCGCUGAGCUAUCUAGGUGAGGAGUAA